AUAUCCGCAGCUGAGACGUUCGAGAUGCAGCUGAACAAUUGACCUGCGGAAAGCCUCAAGUUGGGUUGGAAAUCCUUUCCUUUGCCCUCUCGUUCUCUUGGUCUCACCAACUGCAUAUAUUGGCCCUGUCGUGUGUUGGACGGUGUGACCACUGACCAGAUUCGCUGCACAUCACUUUGUCUUGCCUGAGUCCGCAACCCAAGGACCUCGUCGUCUUCCUUCCCGUCGAGCUGUAGAAUCUCUCUGGCCCAUUUUGAUCGGUGCACCUGGGGUCCUGGAUCCUGAAAUCUCGCCUUCACCUGCUCUGAGAUCCUCAACCACCUAAUUCCAGGACGAUAUUAUGGGGGACUCGCGACCAACACAUCAACAUGCCGACGCUGAUGGCCAUUUCCGCCGAAAAGAUAGCCAGUUCCGUGACUGGAUCUCCAAAGAGCCAGGUUCCAAGUUCCACCCCGACAAGGGUAGAUACGCCCUCUAUGGUAACUAUGGUUGCCCUUGGGCGCAUCGAACCAUCCUCGUCCGUGGGCUGAAGUCGCUCGAACCCGUCAUCCAGCUCAUUACCACCGACUUCGACCUGACCGAGAACGGCUGGACCUUCAGCGGGCGAAACGGCAGCUUGGGCGCCGAUCCUUUAUACGGCUUCACAGGCAUGAAGCAGCUCUACCUGAAGGCCGAUCCAAGCUAUACCGGCCGCUACACCGUGCCCGUGCUAUGGGACAAGAAGACCGAGACCAUCGUGAACAACGAGUCGUCCGAGAUCAUCCGCAUGCUGUACGAUCAAUUCGACGACUUUCUAGAACCCGACCAGAGGGAAGUCAACAAACCCGGUGGUGGAUUCUAUCCUGCACACCUGAGGGCAGAGAUCGACGCUAUGAAUGAGUGGGUGUAUCACACCAUCAACAAUGGCGUGUAUAAAACAGGGUUCGCAACCACGCAGGAGGCCUACGACGCCAACGUCUACCCUCUCUUCAGGUCACUGGACCGUCUCGAGGAACACCUGAAGGAUCCGUCCCACCAACCGUACCUGUUUGGCGAAUCCAUCACCGAAGCGGACAUCAGGCUCUACACGACCCUCGCGCGCUUCGACGUGGCAUACUACAACAUCUUCAACUGCAACCUGAAGAUGAUCCGGCACGACUACCCUCGCCUCUCGAAAUGGUUGCGCAACCUCUAUUGGGACACGUCCGACCGGACCAACGGCGGGGUGUUCAAAAACACCACCUUCUUCGAAGUGUACAAGUACGGCUACCUCCGGGCGAAGGGCCGCCAGAUGCACGGAGGGAGUGACCAUGGAUGGCCCGUCAUCAUCCCGCGCGGGCCGAUCCCGGACAUCGAGCCCCUGACGGAUGAAGAGGAGAAGGAACUCAUCGAGGGCACCACGCGUAAAGUGAACGGCUUGACGCUCGGCACCCUGCCCACCGGAGGCAACCUGGGCGGCGCCGCCUCGGCCAAUCCGUUCAGCGCGCACGGCGACAAGGCCGGCAUGGGCGCCAUCUUCGGCGCGGACGUGGACUCCCCCAACGUCGGUGACGACGACGACGACGUCGCCACGCCCACCACCGCGGCCGCCACAGCCAGCGUGGGAAGCCCCGCCAGCACCCACAACGGCGCGGACGAGGACGACGGUGCGGACGGCGGCUUUGACGAGAACGGCGAAUUCCACCCGCGCAGGGUGAUCAAGCGGCGGACCACGUACAGCGACGCCAACGCCAAGUGGUACAAGGCGGCCAAGAAGGCCGAGAAGAAGAUGGGAGCUCCGAGCAUGCACUUGGCGCUGUGAAGAGCAUGGGGGCAUGGAGCUGGAAGAUUCAGGGGAGAGAGAGAGAGAGAGAGAGAGA